AUGCGGUUAUGGCUUUCUUGUCUUCCUCUGCUUAUGCAAAUAAUAUCCACACGAUGUAGCGGCCAGAGUUAUACACAAACCUAUUAUGUACAAAUUACCGGUCCUUACAACCAAGGCUACGGCGGAUACAAUCGAGGAUCUGGCCAAACUUACAAUCAAGGCUACGGCGGCUACAAUACCGGAUGCUGCCAAACGUACAACCAAGGUUACGGUGGGUACGGAUAUGGGCGUGGAUCCUCCGGUUACCAAGGAAACAGGAGGCAACUUAAAGUGCCACUGGUAAUACCAGUGGUUGUUCCAAUUCAAUCUUCAAUGCCAAUGAUGCAACGACCGAUGAUUGGAGGACGAAACCCGUUUUCUAGCAUACUUCAAGCAGCAAGGACUGAAGGUGAAGUCAUUGUUGAUUUUAAUAAUGCAAAAGCUACUGUAGGCUCAUCUCGCAAUUGUAAAGUUAACGGUACCAAGUUAUUUGAUAAGCAUUAG